GGGGCGCAGCAAUAUUUAGCUGCUCCCUUUUAACAGUGCUACAUUCUCUUUGCUUGCUUUCCUCUGUUUGUUACGACCUACUUAGCAACAUAACGUCAUAUGUCACGUCACGUCCUGUCAUUGAAAACGUUCCGUUUCGACAUCUCUUGUUUAAAUUCGCCCUUAAAAAAACUUUCAUUGAUGACAUUUUGGCUUUCUACGACCCAGACGAUAUGCUUCCCCGGGCGGGAAAAGAGUUUGUGGUCCGUAUCCGGUUCUCGUGGCGGCAGCUCUUCCAGGGCCGUUACCUGCUCCUCACUAACACUGUGAGCGGCGGAGGCAUGCUAGCCAUGGGGGACUUUCUUCAACAGAGCUGGGAAACUCACAAAGAUCCGGCCAGAGUCCGUGACUGGAAAAGAACAGGUCGUAUGUGUGUGGUGGGCUGCUCCAUGGGACCAGUACUGCACUUUUGGUACACUUGGCUAGACAGAAGGUUUGUGGGCUACGCUCUGAACACAGUGGUGAAGAAAGUUGUGAUGGACCAGAUGAUUGCAUCACCAACACUCGGCAUGUGGUACUUUUUAGGGAUGGGUGUCGCAGAGGGACGCUCGUUAUCUGACGGAUGGGAGGAGUUUCGGGACAAAUUCUGGGAAUUUUACAAGGCUGACUGGUGCGUUUGGCCGGCGGCUCAGAUGAUCAACUUUUAUUUCCUCUCGCCCAAAUUCCGUGUUGUGUACGUCAACACCAUCACCUUGGGAUGGGACACCUACCUCUCCUAUCUCAAACACAGAGAUGACAUCCAGCCCUCCGAGCCGCUAUCAGACAGCAACAUGUCCGCCGCGCAGCAGACAUCUCCGCCGCCAUCCAAACCUCUGGAGGAGAAAAGCCGCUGGUGAAAGACAAAACUGUCCUUCCCAGGAGAUAAAACUCUCGGCGCUUUGAGACUUGAAGGUUGCAGCCUUUAAUCGUUACGGCGGUCGUGUCGUUAUGUCUGUCGAUUCAGACGGCGUGAUGCGUUUGUGCAGGCGUUCGGGGUUGUUCUCCAACAGGAACGCAACCACCGCUUGAAGGUUUAAAUCCUAAACUUAUCACUGUGAUUAAUAUUUAAACUAGACUGGCAUUUCACUUGAGUUCAUAUUUUAUUUAAUCAUCAUGCUUAUGUAACAUUUUUUUUAUCUUAUAUCAAGCAUUGUUUUGAAGGUACACACUUUUCAAUCCCAACUCUGGCAGCCUGAAGAGAAUUUUCUAGAUUUUUAAAAAAAUAUAUUUUUAUUUAAUAAUCAGUGCAAAACUGAUGUUAUAUUUUAAACAGAAGGUAGAAAUGUACACAAUCUACCAUCAGUUAAAAAUGUCAUCUUGUUCCAAAUAAUACACAAAAUUUAUCCAUUCAUUCAUUUUCUACCGCUUUUCCCUCACGAGGGGGUGCUGGAGCCUAUCCCAGCUCCUAACUAUCCUAACUCCACACAGAGAUGGCCGAGAAUGGAAUUGAACUUGGGUCUCCUAGCUGUGCAGCCCUGGUUCAGUAUAUUUUCCAUCAAAAUAGUAGUCAUGCCAAAAUGUUGUGUUGCUGCUGGAUGUUCACAGUAUCCGAGUGAUACUGUCGUGGGGGUGCUGGAGCCUAUCCCAGCUGUUUUCAGGCAAGUUUACACCCUGGUCGCCAGCCAGCCAAUCACAGGGCACAUAUAGACAAACAACCAUUCACACUCACAUUCAUACCUAUGGACAAUUUGGAGUCGCUAAUUAACCUAGCAUGUUUUUUUUUUUGGAAUGUGGGAGGAAACCGGAGUACCCGGAGAAAACGGGGAGAACAUGCAAACUCCACACAGAGAUGGCCGAGGAUGGAAUUGAACUCGGGUCUCCUAGCUGUGAAGCCUGUGUGCUAACCACCCGGCCGCUGUGCAGCCCUGGUUCAGUAUAUUUUUCAUCAAAAUAGUAGUCAUGCCAAAAUGUUGUGUUGCUGCUGGAUGUUCACAGUAUCCGAGUGAUACUGUCGUGGGGGUACUGGAGCCUAUCCCAGCUGUCUUCAGGCGAGAGAGGUCGGGAACACCCUGGACUGGUGGCCAGCCAAUCACAGGGCACAUAUAGACAAACAACCAUUCACACUCACAUUCAUACCUAUGGACAAUUUGGAGUCGCUAAUUAACCUAGCAUGUUUUUGGAAUGUGGGAGGAAACCGGAGUACCCGGAGAAAACCCACGCAUGCACGGGGAGAACAUGUAAACUCCACACAGAGAUGGCCGAGCGUGGAAUUGAACUCGGGUCUCCUAGCUGUGAAGCCUGUGUGCUAACCACCCGGCCGCUGUGCUGUGUUUAUUUUUAUGAGUUGCCAGAUCGUUGCUAUUUCAUGAUGCCAAAAUGUGAAUGUAUUUGACUGACUGUUUUCACAAUGCAGUAAUAAUAUAACUGCAGAGGUUGUAAAGUAUCAUGUUGACGUGUGACAUAAAGUGCUAAAUAUAAUAAAUGUUUGUUUGCCAAAAUCGAAAAUGACUCUUCUUUUUUAGAAAGGUUGUGAUUGUGCAAUUUAUUUAUCAUUUGACAUGCCAUGUAAAAUACAAGAACAUAUUAAAAGAUUAUAUAAGAAUUAUACAGUUGUGUGUUUUGGUAUUCUUGUCGAAUACAGUACAGGUGUCAGAUCAUUUUUUUUCAAAUUUCAAAUUUUUUUAAGUGCAAUUUUGCUUUUUUUAAUUUAUUUAUUUUUACAAUGGUCUGAAUUUUUUUUUUCAACUUUGGUUGAUUUUUUUUAAGUGCAAUUUUGCGUUUUUUUAAUUAAUUUAUUUUUUUAAAUGGUCAGAUUU